AGUAGCCCCGCCUUUCAUUUUUCCUUACUCAUACACUCUCAUAUUUAUAAAGUUUCGCUCUAUUUCCUUGCAUACUUUUCCACAAAGAACUAUUUUUCGACACAUAUGACCAUUCACAUUUAGUACAAAUUCACAUUAACAUGUAAAUAUGCCAAAACUCAAAAUAAAUAAGAACAGAUACACCCGCAAAAUAAACUCAAUGAUUCAUACUGUCGAUUUCGUCCAUAUAUGGUGCUGUUUUGAAAGUUACCACGAUUUCAUCAAUCUCACUUAGGUGAGAAACGCAGAUGUUCAUCAGCAGUCUGUGAAUAAAGUUAUCAUGUAUCUGUACGAACCGCAUAGCAAAUUCACUUUAACUUCUCUUGAAGAAUUCCAAGAGGCCUUCCAACUCUUUGACAACAGAGGGGACGGAAAAAUCCACGUACGCCAAAUAGGCGAUGCGCUACGCGCGCUGGGGCAGAACCCCACAGAAUCCGAUGUGAAAAAAUACACCCACCAGCAUAAACCAGACGAACGGGUGUCAUUCGAAGUCUUUCUCCCCAUCUACCAACAGAUUUCUAAAUCGAGAAGCGCAGACACCGCUGAUGAUUUUAUUGAGGGACUCCGCCACUUUGAUAAAGAUGGCAACGGAUAUAUUAGUUCAGCGGAGUUGCGUCACCUGUUGACCACUCUUGGGGAGAAGUUGACAGAUGAUGAAGUGGAACAGUUGCUCCAAGGGCAGGAAGAUUCGCAAGGGAAUGUUAAUUAUGAAGAAUUUGUGAAAUUGAUCAUGUCUGGUUAAUACAGAAGACACUAGCUAUGGAGUGCAUUUAUACUAAUUUAUUAUAGGCUAUCCUACUGAUAAUUUUGUUUUAUAGUGCCUUCAUUCCAAUUUUAUUAUAUUAUAGAGGCAUUUUGUAUUAGUCAUUGUAUUUAGAUAUCCAAACUGUUUCUAUGUUAAUAUUAGCGUUUUUCACUGGCAGGUUGUUGGAGCAAGUGUGUUCUUAAUAACCUUAAUAAAAUUUAUAUGUAAA